UUAAAUCCUCCAUCCUCUAUUCUCCCUCUUCCAACCGCCCACCUCAAUACCAUCUUCGAGAAUGCAACAAUCCAACAAUGCAAGUCCAUAUUAUCAGGAUGUCGAGGCCAACGGACAACAGCCGCAGGAUACAAAUGGCCCGUCACCAGUGUUGUCCUCCAAAUCUACCGGCGAAAAACCAAGCUCUGACACUCCGCGGCAAGUGACCCGGAAAGGCCGAGCAUGCAUGACAUGCAGGAAACUCAAGGUCAAAUGCGGAGGCCCUGAGAGCGGAGAUGGCUUUGGGUGCCAGCGAUGCCAGAGACUAGGACUUGAGUGCAAGAUGGUGAAGAGGUUACGCGUGAGCAUGGCGGAUGAAGGACAAACGGAUCCAUCCAUUGCCCGACUUGAUCGAUCGGUGCGCGCCAUACUGGCCAAACUGGACAUGCCUUCGCUCGAUUCGUUUGGACCUGGGUCGAUACCGCCAGGGACCAGCGGAACCGCGAAGACGACGCGAGAAAACUCGCGUGAGAACUCACCACACCCAGACUCCAAGAACGAUAUCGCCAGCGCCCCGAUGGAGGGACUCUACGAGGCGACCCAUCUCAGCGCAUUGCGGUCCCGCACCGGUGGCCCGCCAACAGAACGACGGUUGCGCAAGAACAUCGAAUCUGACCUUAUCGCCCAAGGUGUCAUUGCCGUCGACGAAGCCGAAAGGAUGCUAAGUUUGUUCAAAACCUCGCUGUCACGGUAUCUCUUCAACGCCGCGAUAUCUCCCGAGCGCACACUUCACAGCAUUCGUUCAUCAUCUUCCUUGCUGUUCACGUCCAUCAUGGCAGUAUCCUCUCUCCACAUUCCCGGUAUGGAGGACAUCUACAACCGCAGCCAUCGCCAGCUCCGCGAGCUGAUCGCGUCAAGCAUGUUUGACCGCUCGCACACACUCGAAGACAUCCGCGCCCUAUGUAUCGCGGCCUUCUGGCUCCCCGACCUGUCCUGGAAGCUAUCCGGCCACUGCGUGAGGAUGGCCACCGAACUCAACCUACACCAAGCAUUCUUCAAAGCCUUCCACUCCCCCUCAGCCCCGGAAGACAAUCGCGAAGCAACCCUCGAACGCGCCCGACUUUGGUACCUCCUGUACGUGCUCGACCACCAUUUCAGCAUCGCCUAUGGCCGACCGCCGGUGACCACCGAGAUGCAAGCCAUCCGCGAGACGGAUCUAUUCCUCCAGACAAAAGAAUGCACCAUGUCCGACCGGCGAGUCAUCUCGCAAGUCGCCUUGUUCCGGAUCUUAAGCCGCGCAUACGACGCCUUUGGCCUCGAAGCCGGCCGCGCCCUUGGCGACGACGACGAGACCCUCAUCAUCCACGCUCGCUUCCUCGACGACCUGGGCAGAUACCGCGAACACUUCCGCGCGCUCCUGCCCAUGGACGAAUACGUCGGCGGGUACUCGGUCCUCGGACUGGACCUGCACUACCAUUUCUGCAGUAUGCUGCUCAACUCGCUAGCCCUGCGAGGCCGGUCGAUGAACUCGAUCGGUUCGCUCCCGCACCGAUUGCGGCCGCUGGCCUUCCACGCCAUCGAGUCUGCACACCAGAUCCUCGAAAUCGUGCUGGGCGAGCCGGACCUGCGUCGCGCCCUGGUCGGCAUGCCGCUGUUCCUGCACGCAAUGAUCGCGUUCGCCGUCGUCUUCCUGAUCAAGAUGUCCUCGAUAUGGGACGUGAUUGGCGUGAGCACCGACGCGCAUAUGCGCACGAAACCGCUCAUCGAGGGCAUCAUCGCCACCAUGCGCGAGUGCAAGGCCGGUGGGAAUCAUAUCCUUUACAAGAUGGCGACCGGCUUUCAACGUCUUCUCCAGCGGAACGGGAACGCCUCCGCCUCCGCCGCCGCCACCGGGGCAAAGCCCGAGCCUACCAACAACGACAGGUCCUCGUUUGCCGCACAGCGGCUGGCCGGACAGGAGUUUCCAGACUCGCUGGCUGCAUUGGCUGCCGUGGCGAAUGGCCAUGCCCACAGGUCUGGGUCUGGGUCUGGGUCUUUGGAUUUCGUGACCUCGGCACAGCAACAGCAUAUCAACGGCCACGCGAGCGCGUUUGACGCGUCAUUUGGUGGCUUGUCAUCCCAAGUCGGAACGACGAGGUCCGACUGGCAACUCGACGACGAUAUGCUGUGGAACAUGGUGGGGACUGAGUAUGACCUGCUGGCAAAUGCUCCUGAUACGGAUAUGAACUUCUAUGCAUUUUGAACGGCGUUCUCACUGGUCCAGCGACAUGGUCGAUUUAUACCCCAGUUUCCAAUCGUCCUUUGGAUCCAAAAGAUAUAUGGCGAUGACUAGAGCAACCGCUUGUCCUGUAUAGAAGAGGGCAUUUCACCAUUUUGGAAUUUGCAGGAGACGUGGCUUUUAUCAAUAUAGCGCGAGGAAAUCUCCCUCCCAUCUUCACUUCACUUCACUUAACCUUCGUAUGCC